AUGAUAAACUAUAAAUUUAAACAAGUUUGGUUGACCAAAACCAAACAAAUACUGCAAAAUCCUGAAAUUUCAGAAGCUGAAAAAAUACUGGCUUACAAAGUAUUCAUGAGACCAUUGUUAAUGUAUAACUGGUUUAACAGACGUAUUGGUUCUUUGAAGGCUAUGGAAGUAAGCUUCCUGAGACAGGUGUUUGGUCCAAUGAACAUAAGUAAUUUAUAUAAGCGUUACACUGAUAUAGAUGUAGCUGGAUACAUAAAAAUAGAAGAUAUACGUUGGUAUAGAACAAGCCACUCUACUAGAAGCGUUGUUCGAAAGGCGUUAGAUGCAUUAUCAAAAACUGCUGCUGAUCCCACACCGUACUUUGUCAGAGCUGCAGAUAGAUUAAAAUAUCAUCGACGUAAUGAAUCGAGUAAAGCUAAAUGUUUGUCAUCGAAAUUGGUUCUAAAAGAAAAUGCUCGACCCGAUUCCACGGAAACUAUGAUCAGAAGAAGCCGUCGCUUAGCAAUUAAAGAUACAGACUCUCAAAACAAUAAACCAACAGCUCCUUCUGUUUAG